AAAAUGAACCAAAGGUUCAAAUGCUGCACUAAUGAAUCAAUUUAAGAUAGAUUCACAAUUAUUGUCGAAAAUCACGAAAAUGACAGAGAUUAUAUUGAGGUAACACUCAAUGAAAAGAUUUUUGAUGUCAAGAAGAGAAUAUUUAAUUAAUAAAUCAACCCUGCAAAAUCCUAAUUAUAUUUUAAGAGAACAAAACUUCAAAAUGACUAGACAAUUAAGGAUUGUUAAUUGAAAUAGGAUAGUAUGGUCUAUAUAAUCUAUGGAGACAAUAUUUCUGAAUGAAGCAAAAAAAUAUGAAUAAUAAUAUAUAUAAUCAAUAUCAC